CAACUCCCACAAGGCCGUGCGGGGAGCGCAGCGCGAGCGUCGGAAGACGUCAGGACGCUUGACGCGGGCCCCGGCAGCGCGGAUGGCGGGACUGCACGCCGCGGGGGACUACGUGUAGAUGUGACCAUGACGAAGUUAGCGCAGUGGCUUUGGGGACUGGCGCUCCUGGGCUCCACUUGGGCGGCCCUCACCAUGGGCGCUCUGGGCCUGGAGCUGCCCUCGCCAUGCCAGGAGGUCUUGUGGCCGCUGCCCGCCUACUUGCUAGUGUCCGCCGGAUGCUAUGCACUGGGCACCGUGGGCUACCGCGUGGCCACUUUUCACGACUGCGAGGACGCCGCCCGAGAGCUGCAGAGCCAGAUCCAGGAAGCCCGAGCUGACUUAGCCCGCCAGGGGCUGCGCUUUUGACUCUCCCCUCCCCCUCACCUCAUUACAGCCCCUCCCAAACCCCAUUAAAGAAAAGGUUUAUUUUUUGA